AUGAGUUAUCAAGAAUCAGCACAAAAAGAUUCUACACGAGAAUCAUUAAACAAAUAUUUUUAUUCAGGAACAAUUGAUGAAGAACCUUUGGAAGAAUCAAAUUCAAGAUUACAAGAAUCAAGUUCCAGACAACAAGAAAGAAGUCCAUCAGUUGAAAAUACAGAAAGUAGUUCAAAAAGACAUGAGAAAGAAAGAAUAAGUAAAAACGAAUAUAGAGUUUAUUCGAAAGAUAAUGAUUAUUCAGAAAUUGCUGAUAAUUUCAAGUUUAUACAAGCAGCAAGAGAUUGGGUAAAUGAAGAAUGUGAAGAUCUCAAUAAACAUUUUAUUAAUGAUCAACCAGCUUUGAAUAUAAGAGAUGGUGAAAGUAUAAUCAAAUGGAAAUCAAUAAUGAUGAAAAUAUUUGAUCAUUAUGGCGGUCUUAAAAAAGCAAUUACAACACCAAAUGAGUUUGAUCCUGAGAUAGAUAAAAUAAGAUUAAUUCAUUUCAAAAAUCCAGAUCAAAUAGUUUAUUUAAUUGAAAAAUUUGAUGAAAAAUUAAGUAUUAAUUUACAAGAUGGAAAAUUAUUAUCAAUACAUGAUGAAUUUCCUAAUCGAGAUGAAAUAAAUUUAAAAGUUAUAUGGGAAUAUUUAGAUACAUAUGUUGAUCCUAAUUUAUCUAAUGCUAUAAAUGAUAGGUUAGCACAGGCUGUAGCUAUAAAGCUUAAUUCAAUUGAUUAUGAAGUAUUUACUGAAAGAAGAAGAAAAUUUGAAGAAUUAGCUAAAACAGAUGAAUUAAUUAAAUUUGUGUUAUAUUUAAAUAAAGGACAAAUCAGUGGAAAUUUUACUGAUACAUAUCAAACUGCAAUUAAUCAUGAUUUCAAUAAAUUAUUUUGUAAAAAAUUAGUUUCAUAUUUUAAAAAUUGGGAACAAGAUAAAACUACAGAAAUUCCAAAUAUUGAUGAGUUUUUAACCAUAGUGAAAAAUGAUGUUCAAUUUACUCCCAAAAGAUUAGAUCACACAGAAUGUAUUGAUUAUAUAAAAUCAACAGCUUCAAAAUAUAGAAGAAAAAAUAUGACAUCUGAUACAAAUACGAAUAAAAUUACAAAACCGACUAAUAUCAAUAAUAGAAGAAAUCAAAAACAAUCAAAUCGUAAAUCGUCAUAUAAUCAAAAAACAAUUCAUCCUAAUGUCUCAAAAGUUUUUCAACAUUCAAGAUCAAAUGAAUACGAUAAAAAUAAAAGAGAUGUUAAUGCUGAAGUUAAUGAAAAUAUCAAAGAGUUAGCUAAAAAUGUUUCAUCAUUAACUAAAUCUAUGGAACAUAAAAAUCAAUGA